AUGGAGGCUUUCUUUGAUCGUAUCUGGACAGUGGUGGUGCCGGAAAGAGUUCGCUUGUUUCUCUGGCUGGUGGCGCACCAAGUGAUUAUGACAAACGUGGAGAGGAAGCGGCGUCAUAUUGGUGACUCGGAUGUCUGUGUAGUAUGCAAAGGUGAUUUUGAGACGAUUAUUCAUACCUUACGGGAUUGUCCGGCGAUGGCAGGAAUUUGGGAGAGGAUUGUUCCUCAGAGGAAGCGUCAAGCGUUCUUUGAUAAGUCCCUGUUGGUCUGGCUGUACGAUAACUUGCUAGCAAGGGAAGUGGUUGCUAAUGUCCCGUGGGCUACGACAUUCGCAAUGGCAGUAUGGUGGGGAUGGAAGUGGCGUUGUGGAAACGUCUUUGGAGAGAAUAAUAAAUGCCAGGAUCGGGUUAAGUUUGUGAAAGAUUUGGCGGCUGAGGUGUGGAGCGCAAAUCAAGCAGUGGGGGUGAGAACAGGCGUGAGGACUCGUGUGGAGAGACAAGUUGGCUGGCAAGCUCCGAUGUUGGGUUGGUGUCGUCUGAACACGGAUGGGGCUUCGCAAGGCAAUCCAGGUCCUGCAUCUGCAGGCGGGGUAAUCAGAGAUCAUAAUGGUCGAUGGUUAUGUGGUUUUGCGCUGAAUAUAGGCCGGUGUACUGCUCCUCUGGCGGAAUUUUGGGGUGUGUAUUACGGAUUGGUCAUGGCGUGGGAGAAGAGGGUUUCGCAACUGGAAAUAGAGGUUGAUUCGGAAUUGGUGGUCGGGUUUUUCAAGAAAGGGAUAAGUAAUGCUCAUCCCUUGGUGUUCCUGGUACGUCUGUGCCAUGGCUUUCUAUCAAAGGACUGGUCGGUGCGUAUAGUCCAUGUUUAUCGGGAAGCUAACCGUCUUGCUGACGGGUUAGCAAAUUUUGUUUUUUCACUAUCGUUGGGUUUCCACUUGUUUGAUCUAGUUCCCCCGUCGUUGGAGACGGUCUUGUGGGAGGACGAGAUCGGUUUGACUCGUCCGCGAGACGUACGCUUGUAG